AUGAGUUCUCUUCUUCAUCCCAUUCAUAGCGCGAGCCAAAAAUGUCGGCCUAAGCACCAAGUACUGGUUCUGAAAUGUUAUCCAAAAUACCAAAAGACCGUCCAAGAAGUCAAGCCCAACUCGUCCGAACUCAGCUAUCUCCUAUACUACGCGAGUACGCGACGACACAAGCUCCAGAAGGUUGGAGCAUUUCUGGAGAAGAAGAAUGCCAGUGAUGUCUGGAAAGGAAAGCUUGGAAAUGUCCAGGUCACUCUCCAGAUCCUCAGUGCCAUAAUCGAGAAGGCGCCGCGCGAUCUCUCCCUAUACUCGCGGUCUGUCCUGACCGUCCUGGACUCCAUUUUACGAUCUAAAGAUGUGAACAUGGUGGAAGACACCAUACCUACGUUUGAAGCCUAUUGCAGACAUGUGGACGCCGCAUCUUUCAAUGCCGACCAACAACGCGCCCAACAAUACCUAUCGAUCGUGCAACUCUACGCUGGCUACGCCGCAAAAUCCAAUCUGGCGGACAGUAAGGCUGGGAACUCGAUACCGCUUUCGAUAAGAUGGCGGACGAUUGGUCUGCGCGCGAUCCGAGCGGUGGUGGCUUCGGAAGCCCUCGCGACCGAGUCCGCACGUCAGCUGAAUACAGUGAUACCGGUCAUUCUGGAGAAUAUGUCGUUGGAGGAAGAAAACAUCCUAGCUACGCUACAACAACGGGCAAACACGAGCGAGAGGCUAGAUGACGAGCUGGCUAGGCGGAGGCGUACCAGUCUCACGACCGUUGCCACGGUAGACACGGCCGAUGGAGACCCAGCUACGGCCGUAGAGACCACGGCUGGUGCCGACAAGGUUGCGGAGGAGGAGGUUCGAGCACUGGCUUUGAGAUGCCUGAAGCAGAUAUUCUCCGCUGGGAUCGGCAGCACUCGAGGCCAGACUCGGCUGGCCACUGCCCUAACCUUGAAGUUCAUUGCUUCGAAGAGCUCCGCAUCCCUCACUACAGAAAACGACGGCGAGGGCACAUGGGCUACCUCCCUAUUCGAGGCCAUCGCACGGUGGACACCUGUGCAGGAUCGGUUUAUCAUCGUGGUGACGGCGAUGGAAACUCUCGUACGGAGCCCUAUCACGGAAGGCUUGCUCGAAAAACAACUCGUCCUUGCGACCAUGAUCGACUGGCUUCUGAGUUCAAAUGUCAACCUGAUUGGGUUGAGUGUUAUGGAUGUCCUACUAGGUCUCAUCCACCAUAUGCUGCUCCUGCUUCAACUCGGCAGCGCCAACACCCACGUUAUCACACCACAACGCCCUGACACGAUUGGAUUGUUUCGAGAGGCCAAAGAAGCCUUUGAUCCAUCUACGGUUCUCGCGGACACCGAAACGAGCCGCACUUCCUCCAAAGCCGAACUGAUUGCAUCGCCGACAAGACAAAGGCUGUUGCUCAAACUUCAGGACUGUGUUGCCUCGCUUUCCAACCAUAUCUACUAUACCGACCAAAUCUCAGACAUGCUCACAGCAAUCUUAGCGCGCUUGAAACCAUCUCCACAGUCGGAUGUUCCAACGUCUGCGGCAGCUAUAAACGAUCCUGCUGCAGCAGCAAGGGCCAUAGCAGAAUCAGGCAGUAUCCACGAAGACCCCAAUGCAUCGGCGUUCUUUUCGUUCCACACCGCCAGACUCACCGCGAUGCAAGUCAUCAAGCAAAUACUAGUCCGUGCCAACAACAGGCGCAACAGCACAAGUGGCGCCAUUGAAGCACGCGCUCGUGUAGGAGUACAGGUAUGGGAGGGGACUCAGUGGCUUCUCAAGGACGAAGAGAAGGACGUUAGGAUGGCCUAUGUGGACGCGCUUGUGACCUGGCUUCAUCUGGAAACAAACAAGACUGACACCCUCCUGCCUAGAGACGGUUCCAGGCAGCCUUCACAUGGUAAGAAGGACACCACACAACCUCCAGCAGAAGUCAACUUGGCGAAGAGAGCCAUCUCUGGGGCAUCCCGCAAGGAGCCCAAGCCAGCACGGUCAAGCUUUCUCGCCCUUCUACAUCUCGCCGUUUACGACAGUAUCCUGGAUGAUGUCGAGGAUGAAGCCAACCUCCUCCUCCUGUAUCUGCUGUUGACCAAGCUUGUCGAGCGCCUUGGGGUGAAUGCCAUCAGAAGUGGCCUUCCAAUGAUACUCACCCUCCAAGAAACCGUUCUCAAUGGGGAAGACAUGUCUGCUGCAGGAAGGGUCAAUGUCGCCACUCUCGUUCAUGGAUACCUGUGGACCAUUGCGGAAAAGUUCGAUAUCGAGACCAGCAGUGUUGGCCAUGAGAUCAAUGCAGAGAUCUCCCGGCGCAAACGGUAUGGUGUUUGGUUUGACAAGGUCAAGUUUCCGGCUCUGCCUGUCGCUGAAAUCCGGCAAAUGCCGCAAGUGGCUAACGAAAAGAGCGCCGACUAUGUCGAGGAAGCAGUCGAAACAAUCAAGCCUUUCUUGUCAGUGUCGCCGCUGGUCGAGGAGAUUGCAACUUCAUACGACAAUUCCCUCCUCACUCCACCCGCCUCUCCGCCUUCUUCACCUGGUCGCGUCUUUUCCGUGCCUACAUUGGGCUUUGGCUACGGCUAUGGGACUGCGCCGGCACAAAAGCCGUCGAGGGAGGCCCGCCUACCGCAGAAAAUCAAAGAUGAGAUGAAAUCCUCUUGGAGCAGGGAAGCCUGUAUAGCCGCCGCGGAGAAGGAAAGCGCGGCGUCGAUGACAGGUUCAAGGACUGGGGCCUCGUCGCUCCCCAGAAAUCAUCUCAACAUCAACGGUGCCCGCAGGCAGGGGUCUGCCAGUGGCCAAGAAUCGCCCGUCAAUGCCAAUGGUAGCACAACACCAGUCUUCGGGCUAGUUAGUGGACUGGGGAGCUUGACGAGGGCAAAGCGACCUAGCGCCAGUGGGUCACCGGCCAGAGAGCCUGAGCCUACUACUUCGAGUCGAGACUCUACCAUGAGAGUAAGCGACCUGAAGAGGGUUCUUUCAAGUUACGCCGCGGGUAAUACGAGACAGCAGAGCCCGCUCAGAAAAGCCAUUGCCGGCUCACGAAGAAGUACCAGAAGCAGCGCUACAAGUAGUAUGGUGAGCUGGGAUGAAGCCGACGACCGCAACCCUUCUGUCAUCGAUGUGCGGUCAACGGGGACAUUUAAUACGACAGACGCAGCGGGUCGUGGAAGAGACAUUGAUCGCCCGCAAACCUCCUCAAACUCAGACAACAACUUCGGGACCACCGAGGGAAGAACAGCAGCCGCAGCAGCAAAUUCGGAAAAUGGUGCGCCUGCGCCUAAUUCAUCAGGGGGUACCACGUUCUACCAUCAAGUCACUGCAGGCGGCGGCGGCGAUGGCGACAUUCCGCCCGUGCCCAAGAUUCCUUCGACCCUCAACCUUCCUGGCACAUGGCCGCGGGAGGCUCGACAGGCCGAACAGUCAUCACAACAGGAGAAGAUUGAGUCUACCACUACCACGGCGGCAUCGGCUGUGAACCAUCGCGAUACCACCAGCCCCAAUCGGUCACGAAAGACAAGCAGGAGCAGGAGUCGAGGCCAGUCUCGAGACAACAACGAAAGGGAAAAAGAGAAAGACAGGGACAAAGACAGGGAAAGGGAAAGAGGAAAACGCAGUUCACGCAGAAGCUCGCGGCCAACCAGUAGGAGAAGUGUUGGCAUGGCAUCCUUGGCUUCGUCUGCGCCCGGAGGAGCAGGGGAAAAGUUUGACUUGGACUCGUUGUUGGCUGGGAUUGCUGUCCCGUCGUCGCGCACUCCGGGAGCGACCGCCACCAAGGACACCGAGAUUGGUAAAGCGAGUCGUGGAAGUCGCUUGAUCCGGCCGCCUUAUUGA